AAUAAAUUGACGUUUACUGGUUACUGCUGUGACUAAUUUUACAUUCUAUUUGAAUAAAAUAAAUAAACAUUGUUUAAACUCGAAUAUAUGGCCUUAAUAAUAUUUAAGGAUAAAUAUUGAACCUUAUUAAUAGCCUUAAUGUCGUGAUUUUGGUAGUUUUGGUAACAAAAUUUGUGCAAAAUGAAGUAUUCGACGUCGCCUACUCCGAGCCUGAGUAACUACCCAAGGAGUACAUCUCCAUUACCAGCGCCUGCUAAUUACCAGCCUACGACAGCCAGCGCGGCUGUGAAGCGCUACAAAUACAUCAGAAGACUAUUCAAAUUCAAUCAGAUGGACUUUGAGUUUGCUGCCUGGCAAAUGGUGUAUCUGUUUGUGUCACCACAGAAAGUGUUUAGAAAUUUCAAUUAUAGAAAACAUACAAAGUCGCAGUUUGCAAGAGAUGACCCUGCAUUCCUGGUUCUACUUAGUGUAUGGUUAUUCUUAUCUUCAAUAUGCCUGGGCCUUGCGAUGGGCCUGACAGCAGGAAAGGUGGCGCUGUUUGUACUGUUUGUAGUAUUUGUAGACUUCAUAGGAGCUGGAAUACUUGUGUCUACAUUCUUUUGGUAUGUAAGUAACACGUACUUGCGCCGGGACCCGGACGGGCCGGACGUGGAGUGGGGCUACGCGUUCGACGUGCACAUCAACGCGUUCUUCCCGCCGCUCUCACUGCUGCACUUCUUCCAAAUCGUCUUCUUUGAAAAUAUCUUGUUCCGUGAUGGUUUCCUGUCCUGUCUGGUGUCCAACACAUUCUGGCUGGCAUCCAUCAUCUACUACCUCUACAUCACAUUCUUAGGGUACAGCAAUCUCCCGAUGCUGCAAAACGCCCGCGUGUUCCUGUUACCCCUACCGAUCCUGUUCCUCACAUACCUGGCGACCCUCGCGAUGGGGUGGAACCUCAGCGAGAUGCUCGUCUACUUCUACAUGAUGAGGGUGCUGCACUGAUCAACAUAUAUUGCGACACUUGUAAAUUAUACACUAAAGUCUUAUGAAUAGGGUGUAUUUUACAUCAUUCGGAAACUUUGCUAAGACGGUAAAUGGUUUCUGUAAGGAUCGGAACCAUCUUUGAUCCGCCUGCCUUGGUGGAGAUUGUGUAGAGGAGGCAGAUAGUCCAGCAGUGGAGUGGGACUGUCAAACGACUGUAAGCUCAUAUUAUAUCGCCAGUGUAGUGGUGUAAAAUGUGUUAUAAAGUUGCCAAAAUAUCGAUAUAAUUGAGUUAGUGACUGGAACCAAGUUAUCGAUAGUGCAACUAUUGAAAAUAUUCAUUGAUAUCAUAGUAUGGCUUUAAUCUUUGGGGCUGUAUGUGGCGAAAGCAAUUCCAACUAAAAUAAAUACACAAAUGCCAUGAAUUUAUACUUUACAAGUGAAGCAAGGAGAUUUACAAUAAUAAUUUUAAGUAAUUGAGGGUAGAGUCAAAAAGGAAAGGAAAUAUAAGAAUGAGUCCAUGUUACUAUACUUUGUAAGGCAGGAUAAUAAAUAGUGACUGGUUAAUAAAUAAAUUAUAGCAUUUAUAUUGAUUUCUGCAGGUAACAAGGAUGCUACCAACAAUCACUGAUAUUACUUAAUACUGCGUGAGCAAUGUAACAUAAUGUAACAAUAUAACUAAACAUAUUUUCAUAUAACUACAACACUGUAAAUAGUAAAAUAAUUAAUA